CUCAGUUUCACUGUGUCAGUUUCUGUAAAUAGUUUCUAGUUAUUUCGAUUAUAAUAAAAAAAACUAUGAAAAAGUACGUGGCAACAUUUUUAACAGUCCUUUGGCUGGCAUCGGUUGUUGGUGCAAAAACUACUUCAAACGUGACGAGGUCUGGACAGAGACCCACUGGUCAGCUCCUGCCAAUGGUUAUCAACACCUGGCCCUUUGCAGUCGCCAACGAGGAGGCCUGGCGACUGCUCAACCUGAGGAAGGGUGGUCUUGGACAGACGAGGAAUGCCGUGGUGGGCGGGAUCUCAGAGUGCGAGAUACAGCAGUGUGACAAGGCAGUUGGCUACGGUGGCAGUCCCGACGAGCGGGGAGACACCUCGUUGGACGCCCUGCUCAUGGAUGGAAGCACAAUGGAGGUGGGUGCUGUGGCGGAUCUGCGGCGGAUCAGGAGUGCCAUCAAGGUGGCGCGUCAUGUCCUGGAGCACACGGGGCACGUUCUGUUGGUGGGAGACGCAGCUGCGGAUUUCGCCAAUGCCAUGGGAUUCCAGAACGAGUCACUGAACACUCCCGAAUCUACAAAAGAGUGGCGAGAGUGGCGAGAUACAAAGAAUUGCCAGCCUAACUACUGGCGAAAUGUCUUUCCGGAUCCCAAGUCCUCAUGCGGUCCCUACGAGCCCCUGCCUUCAUGGGACGCGGAUGCUAAUCGGGAUGUCGAGACCGAGAUAGGGCCUGAUAACCACGACACUAUCACCAUGGUCGCCAUCGAUGAGGAGAGCAAUAUCCACGUGGGGACUUCCACCAAUGGAUUACGAUAUACGAUGCCCGGACGUGUUGGGGACGCCCCGAUUCCUGGUGCCAGUUCCUACGCCGACAACGAGGUGGGUGCUGCUGUGACCACCGGAGAUGGCGACACCCUGAUGCGCUUUCUGCCUUCGCUCCUCGCAGUGGAGGCCAUGCGGGCUGGCAAGACGCCGGCAGAGGCGGUCGAGUUUGUCCUGCAGCGAAUACGGAAGCAUGUAGAGAGAUUCCAAGGAGCCGUUAUUGCCGUAGAUCGCUUGGGCACGUAUGCAGUGGCCUGCCACGGUUUUGAGUAUCAGGAAUUCCGAUUCUCCUACAUGGUCAGUAGCCCGGCCCAGCAGUCUCGUAAAGAGACGAUCGUUUGCACUCAGGCUCUCGAGAAAACUAAUUCUGAAAUCUAUCGGAAAGUUGUUUGGUAAUUGGAUUGUUGAAAAGGUAGUAGGUUUUCUCAAUACGUACAAAUAGGUAAUUACAUUAUUAACACUAACAAGAAAGGUAGCAAAGGUAUUACAAAACGACAACAUUUCGAUUUCAUUGCUGAUAUUACUAAAAACAAUGAAGCUACAUACAUACAGUUGCGAAAAAAAUAAUAGCACCACUACAUCGCGCUGCUUUCUUUGUAAAAAAAAGUUAGUUUGCUGUUGUUGUUUUUUUUCAAAAUAAUUUUUUUUUUAAGGUUUAGUAUUGCUCUUGUGUAAAACUAAGUUUCCGUUUUUAUUAAUCCCACCUACAUAUUUUAUUUUUAGUUUUGUACUAAAAAAUUCAGAAAAACAGCGAAAAAAAAAAUAGCACCACUUACAAGUUACUUAGAUAAUAUCUUAUAUUUCGCCCAACAGCCUUAAUAGAAAGUACCUGCUAAUAAGA